GUGAGUGUCAAAAUUACAAGUAUUUAAUGUUUUUUUUUUCAGGAAUCUUGAAUUCAUUUUUUUCUCCAGUUAUAACCCAGUUUGCAACAAAUUCACCUACAAAUAAUACUUUAGUUACAACUACAGCCCCUUUUACAGCAAUGACAACACAACUUACAUCUACAACUGAACCAAAAGCCACAACUUCUUUAACAUCUACAACAGAACAUAGAGCUACAAACCCUUCUACAGCAAUGACAACACAACUUACAUGUACAACUGAACCAACAACCACAACUUCUUUAACAUCUACAACAGAACAUAGAGCUACAAACCCUUCUACAGCAAUGACAACACAACUUACAUGUACAACUGAACCAUGGACCACAACUCCUUUAACAUCUACAAAAGAACAUACAACUACAACUACAGCUCUUCUUACAUCAAUGACAACACAACUUACAUCUACAACCGAAAAAACGACCACAACUGCUUUAACAUCUACAACAGAACAUACAACUACAAACCCUCCUACAGCAAUGACAACACAACUUACAUCUACAACUGAACCAAUGACCACAAUUCAUUCAACAUCUACAACAGAUCAUACAGUUACAACUACAGCCACUCUUACAGCAACGACAACACAACUUACAUCUACAACUGAACCAAAAGCCACAACUCUUACAGCAAUGACAACACAACUUACAUCUACAACUGAACAAACAAUCACAACUCGUUCAACAUCUACAACAGAACAUACAGCUACAACUACAGCCCCUCUUACAGCAAUGACAACACAACUUCCAUCUACAACUGAACCUAUGGCAACAUCUAUAACAUCUACAACAGAACAUACAACUACAAACCCUCCUACAGCAAUGACAACACAGCUUACAACUACAACUGAACAAACAAUCACACCUCAUUCAACAUCUACAACAGAUCAUACAGUUGCAACUACAGCCCCUCCUACAGCAAAGACAACACAACUUACAUCUACAACUGAACCAAUGGUCACAUCUCCAAUAACCUCUACAACAGAACAUACAGCUACAACUAGAGCCAAUCUUACAGCAACGACAAGUCAACUUACAUUCAAAACUGAACCAAUGGCCACAACUCCUUUAACAUCUAUGACACAACAUACUGCUACAACUACAGCCCCUCUUACAGCAAUGACAACACAACGUACAUCUACAACAGAACAUACAGCUACAACUCUUACAUCAAUGACAACACAACUUACAUCUACAACUGAACCAACGGCCACAACUUCUUUGACAUCUACAACAGAACAUACAGCUACAACUACAGCCCCUCGUACAGCAACGACAACACAACUUACAUCUACAAGUGAACCAAUGGCAACAUCUAUAACAUCUACAACAGAACAUACAACUACAACUACUGCUCUUCUUACAUCAAUGACAACACAACGUAAAUAUACAACUGAACCAACGGUCACAACUCUUACAUCAAUGACAACACAACUUACAUCUACAACUGAACCAACGGCCACAACUCUAACAUCUACAACAGAACAUACAGCUACAACUACAGCCCCUCGUACAGCAAUGACAACACAACUUACAUCUACAAGUGAACCAAUGGCAACAUCUAUAACAUCUACAACAGAACAUACAUCUACAACUACAGCCCCUCUUACAGCAACGACAACACAACUUCCAUCUACAACUGAAACUAUGGCAACGUCUAUAACAUCUACAACAGAACGUACAACUACAAAUACAUCUCUUCUUAAGGCAAUGACAACACAACUUACAUCUUCACCUGAACCAAUGGUCACAUCUCCAAUAACCUCUACAACAGAACAUACAACUACAACUACAGCCCCUCUUACAGCAAUGACAACACAACUUACAUCUAAAACUGAACGAAUAGCCACAACUCUAACAUCUACAACAGAACAUACAACUACAACUACAGCCCCUCUUACAGAAAUUACAACACAACUUACAUCUACAACUGAACCAACAAUCACAAUUCAUUCAAAAUCUACAACAGAUCAUACAGUUACAACUACAGCCCCUCUUACAGCAAUGACAACACAACUUAAAUCUACAACUGAACCUAUGGCAACAUCUAUAACAUCUACAACAGAACAUACAACUACUGCUCUUCUUACAUCAAUGACAACACAACUUGCAUCUACAACUGAACCAUCGACCACAACUCCUUUAACAUCUACAACAGAACAUACAGUUGCAACUGCAGCCCCUCUUACAGCAAUGACAACACAACUUACAUCUACAACCGAACAAAUGACCACAACUCUUUUAACAUCUACAACAGAACAUACAACUACAAACCCUCCUACAGCAAUGACAACACAACUUACAUCUACAACUGAACCAACGGCCACAACUCUAACAUCUACAACAAAACAUACAGCUACAACUACUGCUCUUCUUACAUCAAUGACAACACAACUUAAAUCUACAGCUGAACCAAUGGCAACAUCUAUAACAUCUACAACAGAACAUACAACUACAAAUACAGCUCUUCUUAAGGCAAUGACAACACAACUUACAACUACAACCGAACAAACGUCCACAACUCCUUUAACAUCUACAACAGAACAUACUACUACAAACCAUCCUACAGCAAUGACAACACAACUUACAUCUACAACAGUACAAACAAUCACAACUCAUUCAACAUCUACAACAGAUCAUACAGUUGCAACUACAGCCCCUCUUACAACAAUGACAACACAACUUACAUCUACAACUGAACCUAUGGCAACAUCUAUAACAUUUACAACAGAACAUACAACUACAACUACUGCUCUUCUUACAUCAAUGACAACACAACUUAGAUCUACAACCGAACAAACGACCACAACUCCUUUAACAUCUACAACAGAACAUACAACUACAACUAGAGCCAAUCUUACAGCAACGACAAGUCAACUUACAUCCAAAACUGAACCAACGGCCACAACUCCUUUAACAUCUAUGACACAACAUACAGCUACAACUACAAACCCUCUUACAGCAACGACAACACAACUUACAUCUACAACUGAACCAAAAGCCACAACUCUUACAUCAAUGACAACACAACUUACAUCUACAACUGAACCAACGGCCACAACUUCUUUGACAUCUACAACAGAACAUAUAACUACAAACCCUCCUACAGCAAUGACAGCACAACUUACAUCUAAAACUGAACGAAUAGCCACAACUCUAACAUCUACAACAGAACAUACAGCUACAACUACACCCCCUCUUACAGCAACAGAUACACAACUUGCAUGUACAACUGAACAAGCAAACACAACUACUCCUACGACUAAACUCACCAUCCAAGAACACUCACAAACACCUGUAACUAGUUUCAGAACAUCAACUUUACAUGGAACAUCUACAACAAAGCCUAUGCUGGUUACCAACCACCUGCAAACUCAGGGAUCAGUUUCAAGACAAGCAAUGACACCUGAUUCCAGGCCGAUAUCAAUGGACACGUCCUCAAUUUUUCCAACCACUCAGGAAAACCAAAAAACUCAUGCCAACACCUUCUUAAACCCAUUUUCUCCAUCAUCUCUUCCCAUAGCCAUAAGCAAUGACUCAAUCUCUUCUCCUGAACCUGUGACCACCACAUUAGCCUAUGAACACAGAGACUCAACUUGGGGUUUAUCCAUUCAACCAGGCCUUAACAAUUCAGAUUCGGAGGCAUCUACAAUCACAGACACCUUGUCAAACAACAUGUCUUCAAUACCAACAGAUCUAACAAACUCACCAUCGCAAAUCAACAUCACUAGAGAAAUAAAGGUUAAUAAGUCAGGAAAAGGCAGCAUUGUUUUUCUCUUAAACACACAGCAAGUACCAAUGUUUAAAACUAUUACCUUUAAUCACCCACUGGUAAAACAAGUCACAAUCAUGACCACAGUGUCAAGACCAUGAAACAGUCAAAACUACUUAAAUGUGAAGUGUGCAAUUCAGAGAGCUUAUAUUUCGCCCUUUUUGUACGUGACAAAUGCAGAACAGCCAAAAGCAGAACUGUUAACGAAAAGAGACUGAGCAUUUAAGCAAUGAACUAGCUGAAAUCUUUUAGUGGUUGCCAAAAACAUAGGAAGACUAUGCCAAUUAUUUCAACGUCAGUCAGAUCAUAUGACUAAGUGCCUAAAGCAACCCAACAAACAAACAAACAAACAAACAAACAAAGACCGAAACAAAAACAAGUGAAACAGGAAACACAUUUUGAAGAACCGGUUUAAUGUUCCAUGAAGACUAACUUUCAUUUCAACAAUAUAUCAAAUAUGAUAAAGUUUAUAUCAUAUGUUGAAAUAUUCUAAUAUAUUUAUUAUUUACAGCACUGUCUUGGGUUGUAGUGAUAUGUAUUAAAACCUGUCAUGUGACACAGACAAUGUAAAACUUUUCUCUUUUCUACAUUUCACCUUUGUUCUAGCUUGUAUAAUACACUGUGAAUAAAAUAUCUUUUCAAAGUUGUAAAUAUAACAUUACUGGAGUAUGUUUUACAAGAAAAUACUAUUAAUUCAAUGUGUUAUUUGCGGUUUCUUAUAAUAAGUAAUAUAAUAAUAAUAAUAUGUAAUUAUCUGUAAAAUUUACU